GGGGCCCGGGUUCCAGUUGGUGCGGAGCAGCCGCGAGCGGAGCUCCCGCUCGGGACCGCAGCGGCAGGCGACGUCGCGGCCACCUCCGCUGCACCCUGACUUCUGCCACUCGGGAGCAGGCAUCCACUCCUUCCCGGUCUCCCUUUGUCCAGUCCCCCCAUCCGCUCCCUCCCCCACCCCUUCUCCCAUCCCCUACCCUGCGACACCCUCCUGCCUCUGUCCCUCUCCCCUUGUCCCCGCUCUGGUGCCUCUAGCCAGCACGCUGCACACCCCUUGGACGAUCAGCACCCCGUGUUCUCCGAGGGCGACCGGCACCCUGUGCACCCCUCUCUCUCCUUCAGCUCCAUCUCACUGCCCGCCUGGCCUCUCGCUCUCUGGCGGCUCCCUGCUCCUAUCCCGAGUGGGUUGCGCGUCGGGCAGCCGCCUGGUCAUGUCAGGAUGGAGAUCCGGCAGCACGAGUGGCUCUCGGCCUCCCCCCACGAGGGCUUCGAGCAGAUGAGAUUGAAAAGCCGCCCCAAGGAACCCUCGCCCAGCCUGACCCGAGUGGGCGCGAACUUCUACAGCAGUGUCAAGCAGCAGGACUACAGCGCCAGCGUCUGGCUCCGAAGGAAAGAUAAACUGGAACACUCUCAGCAGAAGUGCAUCGUGAUCUUCGCUCUGGUCUGCUGCUUCGCGGUUCUGGUAGCGCUCAUUUUUUCAGCGGUGGACAUCAUGGGAGAGGAUGAGGAUGGACUCUCAGAGAAGAAUUGCCAAAAUAAAUGUCGGUAAGAGAAUUGCUCUUGUGGAAAACAUUCCUGAAGGCCUUAACUACUCUGAAGAUGCCCCGUUCCACUUACCGCUCUUCCAAGGCUGGAUGAACUUACUCAACAUGGCCAAAAAAUCUGUGGACAUAGUGUCUUCCCAUUGGGACCUCAACCACACUCACCCAGCCGCAUGUCAGGGUCAACGUCUCUUUGAGAAGUUGCUCCAGCUGACGUCGCAAAAUAUCGAAGUCAAGCUGGUGAGCGACGUGACUGCAGAUUCAAAGGUAUUAGAAGCCUUGAAGUUAAAGGGUGCUGAGGUGACAUACAUGAACAUGACCGCCUACAACAAGGGCCGGCUGCAGUCGUCCUUCUGGAUUGUGGACAAACAGCAUGUGUACAUUGGCAGUGCAGGCUUAGACUGGCGAUCGCUUGGACAGAUGAAAGAACUCGGUGUCAUCUUCUACAACUGCAGCUGCCUGGUCCUAGAUUUACAAAGGAUAUUCGCUUUAUAUAGCUCAUUAAAAUUCAAGAGCAGAGUCCCUCAGACCUGGUCCAAGAGACUCUAUGGAGUCUAUGACAAUGAGAAGAAGCUUCAGCUCCAAUUGAACGAAACGAAGUCACAGGCCUUUGUGUCGAACUCUCCCAAACUCUUUUGCCCUAAAAACAGAAGCUUUGACAUCGAUGCCAUCUACAGCGUGAUUGACGAUGCCAAACAGUACGUGUACAUUGCGGUCACCGACUACCUGCCUAUCUCCAGCACGAGCAGCAAAAGGACCUACUGGCCAGAUUUAGAUGGGAAGAUAAGAGAAGCAUUAGUUUUACGAAGCGUUAAAGUCCGGCUGCUCAUAAGCUUCUGGAAGGAGACUGACCCCCUCACGUUCAACUUCAUCUCGUCUCUUAAAGCUAUUUGCACUGAAAUAGCCAACUGCAGUUUGAAAGUUAAAUUUUUUGAUCUGGAAAGAGAGAAUGCUUGUGCAACGAAAGAACAAAAGAACCAGACCUUUCCCAAAUUAAACCGCAACAAGUACAUGGUGACAGACGGGGCUGCUUACAUCGGAAAUUUUGACUGGGUAGGGAAUGACUUUACCCAGAACGCUGGCACGGGCCUUGUCAUCAACCAGGCAGAUGUGAGAGACAACAGGAGCAUCAUUAAGCAACUGAAGGACGUGUUUGAGAGGGACUGGUAUUCGCCUUAUGCCAAAUCCAUACAGCCCACCAAACAGCCGAACUGUUCAAGCCUGUCCAAACUCAAGUCUCCCUCCAACCAACCUGCCAUUGCCAAUGCCACCGGGAGGGAGCCACUGAGUGUAUAGCUCACUAACAGACACGCAAGGCUUCAGACCAAAUGCAGGAAGGACUAGAGGAAAGACAACAAUUUACUACAUCUUUUCUUUUAUUAAGGAGAAAUAAAAAGCACACUUAUUUAAAAUAUUCUCUGAAUGACAUGUAAUAUCUAGCUAACAACAUCUUAGCACUGUAUAUUAAAUUUAAGACUUUUGUAUCUAUGAGCUCUGACAGAGAAUGUUGUUCUGGCCUAGGAGUUAGUUUUUAAUGACUGCAAACACAUUUUAUGACUUGGUUCUUGUCUCCUGAUUCUUACUGGUUUUAGAAUCUUUUCUGCUGACCCAUCUGCACUGGUUUUAAGAAGAAUAACAUGAGGUGAGCCCUUUCCUUUAAUAUUGCUGAAUUCUGGAAUUAGAGGACGGGGGCGGGGGGGGGGGGAGAGACGAUGCAGACAGAACCAAGCAUCUGCCCUGACAUAUCCUCUCUAAGGCCUAUCCAGGCAGCUGAGCAUAGGCGCCUCCAUUUCAUGCCAACCUUCAAGACUUCUGAAAAACACUCAUUUCUGUCCCCUUGUUCCUUGUCUUCUGAUUCCAGGGUUUUGAGGGUAUCAGUCUGUCUUCUGACAAACAUGUUCUUGUUUUACAUCAUCCUUGGAUUCAUCUCAGCAUUUGGUUCAAAAAGUGAGAAUGUUUUGGGGAAAUGAUAUCAAUUCCCCAGAAUGUACACAGAAUGGAAAUCAGUCUUUCACUUUCUCCUUUCAAUUACAUUUUUUAUACACACACACACACACAUGCACACACACACACACACAUAUCCUUUCCUCAAGCUCAAAAAAAAAAAAAAAAAAUGAAGUGCCCCUGCUAAUACCCAGCAAGCCAUUAAGUCUGCAUUUGAAGAACAAAGCAGUUUCACAUUUCUGUUUGGUUAACAGUAUUAUAAAGGAAAGGUCUAUGCGUCGGUGGAUUUUAAUUUAUUUAGAAUUAUUAUGCUGUUAAGAGUAUGCCAGCAAAUGUUUAUAAUAGAGCUAUUUAAUAUACCUUCUGCUAUUUAAUAUACCAAAUGCUUUUCAGACAAAUGCAAUUUAAAUACUGUGCUUAACAUAUUUUACUAAGAAACAGAAAUAUUGGAUUAUUGUUCUAUAAUGUCAUUGUGUGUUGUUUUAUAUCUAUAUAAUAUAUAAUCCUGUAUUAAAAAAGACUGUUGCUACACGAGAGGGGUGUGACCUCUUCAGGGCCAGAGCAAGUAAGUGGUCAAGAUGCCUAUGCCCAGUGUGGCUCCUGACUCUGUGCUCAGAACAGAGCCCUCUUUGGCCUCCGUUUUCUAUUGUUAAUGUAGACAAUAAUACUCACCUACCUCGCAAGGAUGCUGUCAUGGUAGGCGAUAUUUAUAAGUUGUUUUUGAAAUCAAAAGAACCUAUAUAAAUGCUAAGCAUUAACAUUG